CCCGUGCAUCUCCCAGUCAGAUGAAAAUAGCUCCAGCUGGGUUUGGUCUGGUUCGGCGAUCUUCUGCUCCUUCCUCCGGUUUUACCACAAUAAAAGGAAAUUAUCGACGUUACCUGAAGGAUUUACCGCAGAGUUGGUUCGAGCUCUUCCUUAUUUAUCCCAAACACCCUCUACAUAUUUUUACUUCAGCGCAUUUUCGUCCUCCGCACCAGAAGUGAUGUCCGUCGCGGGGUUGAAGAAGCAGUUCCAUAAAGCCACGCAGAAAGUCAGUGAGAAGGUUGGAGGAGCGGAAGGAACCAAGCUCGAUGAUGACUUCAAGGAAAUGGAAAAGAAGGUGGACAUCACCAGCAGAGCCGUGUUGGACAUCAUGACCAAAACUACAGAGUACCUGCAGCCUAAUCCAGCAUCCAGAGCCAAGCUGAGUAUGAUCAACACCAUGUCGAAGAUCCGUGGACAGGAGAAGGGCCCGGGUUACCCACAGGCGGAGACUGUCCUGGGCGACGCCAUGCUGAAGUUUGGCCGGGAGCUGGGAGAGGAGUCCUGCUUUGGGGUGGCGCUGAUCGAUGCCGGCGAGGCCAUGAGGGAGCUUGGGGAGGUGAAGGAUGCUCUGGACAUGGAAGUCAAACAGAACUUCAUUGACCCGCUGCAGAAUCUGCACGACAAAGACCUCAAAGAGAUACAGCACCAUUUGAAGAAGAUGGAGGGCCGUCGUCUGGACUUCGACUAUAAGAAGAAGCGUCAGGGGAAAGUCCAGGACGAUGAAAUCAAACAGGCGCUGGAGAAGUUUGAUGAGAGCAAAGAGAUCGCUGAGCAGAGCAUGUUUAACCUGCUGGAGAGUGACAUCGAGCAGGUGAGCCAGUUGGCAGCUUUGGUCCAGGCUCAGCUGGAGUAUCACAGCCGAGCUGCUGAAAUCCUACAGCAGCUCUCCAGUAAGAUGGAGGACAGGAUAAAGGAAAUCUCCAGUAAACCCAGGAAGGAGUAUGCUCCAAAACCCAGAAUGACCCUGGAGCUGCUGCCCCCCAGCGAGAGCCACAAUGGGGGGAUACACAGCGCCAAAUCCCCUGGAAGAUCACCAGCCCCCAUGGACCAGCCCUGCUGUCGAGCACUCUAUGACUUUGAGCCGGAGAACGACGGAGAGCUGGGCUUCAAAGAGGGCGACAUCAUCACUCUGACCAAUCAGAUCGACGACAACUGGUACGAGGGCAUGAUCAACGGCCAGUCGGGCUUCUUCCCCAUCAACUAUGUGGAUAUCUUGGUGCCACUUCCUCAUUAGGUCCUGUCAGUGACCUGACGCUCGCCCACAACCAACCUGAAAACAGCCUGUAUUUGCAUAAACAACAAACCACGCCCUCCUUCUUCUUCUGUGCUUCUGUGCGAUUCUGCUUUCACACAAUUUUGGAGAGGUUGGACAGUAGGAAAGCGAUUAGCAGGAAAAAAGGAUGCAGAGGAUUGGAACAUGAGAGGCGCAGAAGAAGGUGCAGGAAAGCGACUGAAAGAGAAGACAAAGGUGAUCUCUGAGCGCACAGCGCUUGGCCAGGCAGCGCUGGAGUCCAGAGAGGAUUUGGAGACUUCCAAACAAGGCACAGUGUAUAUGUACGUGCAUGUAGGUGUCUUUUGUGCAUUUCAACCUGUUCUUACUCAAUUUUGAUCAAGCCAACACAAAUUCCUGCUUGUCAGCGAAACUGACUGAAGCUUUUUGAUGAUAGUCUUCUUACGUCCCUGCCCAUAGUGUCCUCUACAUUGACUUAUCUUCUUCUGCUUUUCAUCAGCCCUACAUCUCAUCUGUCAGUCUUCCCCACUUUCUUUCUUUGUAUCAAUCUUCCUUCCGUCCUUGACUAGUAUUGCCUUUUAGCAUGGUCGCACACUGAAUACAAACUCCUGACCCCCCAUCCAGAGCUAUAUUAGCUUCCCAUAGCCUUUUGUGUUUUGUUUGAGUAUAUCUCAUACUCAUUAGCGUUUGGUCCUGCAUCUUUGGAAUACGGCUGUAUGUGCAAUAAGUAGACUUUUCAGGAUGAAGGAGGGAAUCUCCCCAUUGCUAAAAUGUGAAUUUUAGGAGGUUUAUGGGAACAUGUCAAUAAAUACGACAAAUAUGCUCAAACACUGAAAAGGACAAGUCUGAGGUGCAGGAUUUCCCCAACAGCAGUGACCCGCUAACGCAAGCGGCACAGGCAAAAUGUUUCAGUGGCUUGUUACAGUAUAAAUAGACGAGCAGGCUUCCGUGUAUACUGUUGUAACUUGCCCAUCCAUUGUUUUGUGUGUACAGAACAGAGUAGAUGCUUGUUGAUUAGUCUUAUUUGUGACGUUUACGUGCAGGAAUGCAUGCUAGCUGUUCCUAAGUCCCAUGCUGUAUACAGGACUCUGUCACUAUGGACUUCAACCCAUGAAGUCCUAGUUCCAAAGCUACAUUGGGUUGUAGUUCACUGCCUUGCAAAAGGACACCUACGUUUUUAACUGUCAAUUGCUGUAAUGACUUCUGGUAAAAUACACACAUCGGUUGAUGAACCCGACCCUUUUCAUUUCCAGUUGUCUGUUCACCAGCUAUACUUGGUCGGGUUAGAAUUUUCUAGAGUCUUUAGUGCCAGCAAAGUAAUUUUCCUUAAACCUGUGUAACAUUUCCAGUGUUCCAGGUGGGACUGAAUGUCGUAGAACUCACACAAAGUCAGAACCUGCAAUGCUUUAAGAUCUUUUAAACAUUCCAGUAUUGUCAACACGGCCCUGAUUCAGUAAGGUGUUAUGGGUCUUUUCAGGGCCUGACAGUGGUGUUACUCACAGUGUUAUCGAAACUGGUGUCAGGGGUCUGUCACUUUAUAGAACGGACAUUCUGGAGAACUCUUAAACUUAAACUGUGGAAAUGACACAGGAGUCAAGAAAAACAUCUCCACUCCAAAAAGACAACAGUUAGCGUAGAUCAUCAAAUGUGUUUCAAUCAGUUCAGUAUUGUUGGUUUCUAUUAUAUAUAUACUAGCUAUAUAUAUACUAUCUGAGCGAGUUCCCUAGAGUGUGUGUGGAAUAGUUAAGGAGAACUUUUAACUCUUUUAAACUCUUGGCCACGCAGACGUGAAGGUUCCGAGCUACACAGGGGUACUAUUUUUUAUGGCACAGACCCCAUGAAGACCUUAUUCUUCAAGGCUCCUAAAUAAGCUUAUCUCACAAUAAUGCUACAUCAAAAUUAGCUUGUUGCAAAACUAGCUUUAAAAACAAGAAAAACAUUUGCUUUUGACAGCAGCAAAACAUUUUUAUGUGACAAUAAUGAUUUUAUCUGUUUAUUUGUGUCUGUCUGGUACAAAAGAAGAUAUUGUCAGUUAGCUUACCUUGAUAGAAUAGAUUCUUUCCAUUUACUGAGCUAACAUUUUAGAUUUUAAAUCUGUAGCCUGUUAGACACACAAUACUGCGAUUGUCUGAGUAAAAGGAGUUUUUCUAUCCAGGCAUUAUUAAUUAUAUCUUCAAACAUCAGCAGAAAUCUGUGCUAGGGCUAAUGUGGCUACCAGCUAGCCUUUAAAUUCACAUUCCCAUACUUGCGUUGGUGAUGCAAUGUUGAGCAGAAACCCUCAACAUAAAGUAAAUAGUGCCUGAAUACUGAAUACCUCACCCUAAAUGUAACGUAUUUAUUAAAACAUAAUUCAGUAUUUCUGGAACAACAACAAAAUGUUGCACUAAGCAUUUGUACUGUUCUAUCAUUACCCUGUAUUUAGUUUUUAAUAUCUGCUGCAAUAUGUUUCAUCUGGAAUUUUAAUAUUUUACAGUAACUCUCCUGCUAUUUUGAUUUGCAAAGGGUUUAUAGGUACUGACAACCACAAUUAAAUCCAAAUACCAACAUUUGUUGCUCUGCAUCAAUAGUUUUAUCAUUGUGCAUUUUAAGUUUUAUUGGCAUUUUUCAUUCAUUAUAAGCAACUUUUCUAUUAUCUGAUUUAAAAUUGAAUUUGUAUCACUUCCUUUGUGAUGCCAAUAGCAGCUUAUACUGUAAGUACCUAGAUUCAAAACGAACAUGUAGGCAUGAGGUAUUAAAGUAUUCUCACCAGAAUCUGUAGAGCAUCUGUUGCUGUUGAAAUUACUGUAUGGAUUUUGUUGGUCUGAGGAUUUAUUCUGAAUAUGUGUGCUCUGUUGCAACACAACACUGUGGUGAUGUUGAAGUGUGAAGACACAACAGACAAACAGUCCACUUAAAACACCAUGUGUCAAAUCAGAGAGCUGUGCAAACGUUUAGGCUCUGGUUCACGGCUGUAGCUGGGCAGUGGUGGCAGUAAUAAUAUUCCAUUCUCAAAGCAGAGGAAAAUAUUUGUAAAAAUGUUGUUGUUUUUUUCAGUUUAACAGUUGUAUUAUAAAAAGCUAUAAUACCAUGGGCACAGGUACAAACUGUCAAUAAACAUUCAAUAUCGAGGCAAUAAAUGCAAAAAGAACAUUUAAAUAAACGAUAAUAAGUGGGGGUGAUGGUUCCAAAGAAAGUCAAGUGUUAUCUAUCUAUCUAUCUAUCUAUCUAUCUAUCUAUCUAUCUAUCUAUCUAUCUAUCUAUCUAUCUAUCUAUCUAUCUAUCUAUCUAUCUAUCUAUCUAUCUAUCUAUCUAUCUAUCUAUCUAUCUAUCUAUCUAUCUAUCUAUCUAUCUAUCUAUCUAUCUAUCUAUCUAUCUGUCUAUCUAUCUAUCUAUCUAUUAAUAAGAUUCUCUCUUGUUCUUUCUUUCUGCCACACACCUGCUGUUCUGUAACACAUUGUUAAAUGAUUGGAGCACAACUGUCUUUCUUUCAGUUUCUUUGGUUUUGGUCUGAAACCUGAUUUUUGGAGCCUGUCGUGGAAAGUCUGUGAGCUGCAUGCAACCGAUCUCCUGUACCGCUGUCUGCUGUUUGAGAUUGUUUUUCAAAAAAAACAAAACCGAUGAUGGAGAAAUAUUUGUCCUGCUGGCUUUUUCCUCACGCCACAGUGAGACCAUGUUCUUCAUUUCGUAGGUACUUUUUUACAUUAUUUUUUACUUGCUAAAGCUAUAUUUGUAUAUCACUGUUCUUUAAAUUAAAAAAGUGCUUUAAGAGUUGUUUUA